UUUUGUUUAAUCAGACGUCAGAGUCACAAAUCAAUUGUUUCGGUUGUCGGAAGUUGUGCUUUUUGUGGUUUUAUAUUCUUUAUUAAUUCCUUACUUGAUCCAUACCUACCCGGAAAAGAUUAUUUUCUUUAUUAUCUUCAAGUGUCAUAAUACCAGAAAACUACACCAAUUAAUUGAAUAUUACAAACAAAUAUCUCAUAGACUACAGUGGGCUUAGAGUUAACUUUUAUCCAAAUCAGAAUAUUUAUUUACUUACCGUCGGUUUGAGUUGUAAAAGCACAAAAACAUUAAAUAAUAACCGAAUAAAUAAUAAUCCGAAUAUAAAAGCAUGGCAGCAGCGGCGGCUACAAGUGUUGUUGUUUUGGAUCGUGGAAACAACACCACAUGCACAAUUAAUUUACACGGAGCUACAGUUGUAUCAUGGCGAGUUAACAACCAAGAACAGCUGUUUGUAAGUAAACUAGCAUCUUUUGACGGUAAAAAGGCAAUCCGAGGUGGAAUUCCAUUUGUAUUUCCCCAAUUUGGCCCAUGGUCAUUUGGACCCCAGCACGGAUUUUCGAGGAUAACACGAUGGACUCUUGAAAGGCCACCAGAAAGACUACCCAACGGAGAUGUCGAAGCUCUUUUUUCACUUAUGGAUACUGAAUUCACACGAAAUAUGUGGAAUUAUCCCUUUCGGAUAACUUAUCGUCUGAUUUUACGUGAGAAAGAACUACAUUUCCACAUUGGUGUUUAUAAUCCAAGUAAGGACCUCACAUUCUCCUUCAACUUAUUACUUCACACUUACUUAAAAGUUCCUGAUGUCCGUAGAUGCCAAAUAACUGGACUCCAUGGCUGUACAUUCAUUGACAAAACACGUGAUGGAGCACUGUAUCAAGAAGGGAGGGAAGUCGUGACAAUUGGCGAAUGGACUGAUAGAAUUUAUCAGCAAACUCCUCAGGAGCAUGUUAUAACAAAUGUUGUAUCCGGCAGAAAAAUGCGAUUACAUAAAUACAACUUUCCUGAUACGGUUAUCUGGAAUCCAUGGAUAGACCAAGCACGUGAAAUCUCUGAUUUUGGAGACGAUGAAUAUCCAAACAUGCUAUGUGUGGAAUCGGGUCACGUAUCAUCUCCAAUUAUUCUUUUACCAGGAACUGCAUUUGAAGCUAGUCAAAUUCUGCAAAUAAUAAUUGAAGGAAAUGUCAACAGAAAAACAAAACGGAGCCGCUAGCAGCUAAAGCGUAUGCUAGACAUCCAAUGAAGUUAAGGAACAACUAAAAAGUGCCGGACGAGUCCCAAACCUUGCUUGUUGGAGCUAAAAAUAUAUGCUUUUAUAUUUUUCUAUAUACAUAUUUACUGACUUAAACAAAAGCCACCCUUGCAUAAUAUUCUGUUAAUUUUUUUUCUAUUUUCAAUACAAGUUGAUCUUAUACUUUAUUAAAUAUUAUUUUUUUUUAUUCUAAUGUAAUCAAAAAAAGAAUCAAUUAGAUUUGUAUUUUAAACGCUUUAAUCUAAGUAAAAGGAAUGCACACAAUUAAAUAACCCCAAGUAGUAUUUCGUGAAUAAAAAUGAAUCGUUUUAUUAAAAAGUUAAGUGUGGUCAUCAAAAUGUUUUUCCAUUAAGUAAAAAGAAUAUAAUUUUUUUCUAACAAAAAACCACUGAUAAAAUAAUCAAUCUUAUAAAGAAGUCCCAAAUGCAUAGAAGGUACCCAAAAUUUCCUUUUUUGCCAAUCCAUUCCUUUCCAUCAAUUAUAAUUAUAAUUCAGGGCACGCGUAAGCAAGUAUACAUGCACGAAAGUUAGAUUGCGAUUUUAAGGCAAGUGGUUUUCGGGUAGACAAUUUAAUUUAUAACAAAUAAUUUAAAUUAAUUAAUUUACCCAUUAAAUAAAUCUAUUCAGUUAUAUGAAAAAUACUAAAUACUGAUAAUUCCGCCUAUGCCAAGUGAUCUGCUGCUACCAUAUGUACAUAAGUAUUUAUUUGAAUUUCCAUCAGUGAAUGUUAUCACGUGAAAAUACGUGCUAACAGGUGCUACUCCGACCUCAGAUUCAUUUUCCAACCAUCCAAUUAUUGGUUGGAUGCCACAAACAAGUAUAUUAAUUAUUCCGCUUCAAACUUUCACUAUGCUUCAUUCAAAUUAAACGUUCUAAGUAAAUAUUAAUGAUAUCGAUAAAAACCGAACAUUAAAAAAAAAUACUUGUGAUCAUUUCUUAAAAAGACUGGGGGCAUUUAAAUAAUGUAAUAUUCUAUGUAUGUAAGAUACAUAUUUUUGUAAAGAAUGUUUUGAUUAUUUUACAGAUUUUUUUAUUUAAAAUAAAAAUGUGCUCAAAAGAUUCAGUUAUACCGUCGCUGUCAAUAAAAAACGAAGUUUCUGAGUAAAUGAUAAUCUGUUUUUUUAAAUAGCGCCGAUAUGUACUUAAUCCAUGGUUUUGAAUUUUAAUUUCGACAAAAAAUAAACAAUAUACUAAAUAUACGCACACUUUGUUGUUAUUACAGUUUGCAAACAUUGUUUCACAAAUAAAUAUAUAGAGUAAAAUGGUUUUUGAAGUAAUUUGACAUUAAUCAAAAAAAAAAAAAAAAACGUAGCAAAUAAAAUUUGAUAAUAAUUGUGAUAGUUUAUUUUAAAUAUGCAUAUUGAAAAAAAAAACUUAAUAAAUUCCAAAUAGAGAACAAAAUGAAACGUCCUAGCUGUAUAGAAUUGAAUCUAUAAUAUUAUUCCACUUUUAUACAACACUAAAUGUUUUGUGAAUCAUUAAACUAACUAGAAACUUAUUUAUAAGGAAUAGACUUAUUUUUUUAAAUGUAAAAAAAACCAUAGUUAAUUUAAGAAAUUGCAUUACACUUACACAAAAAAAAAAAAUACAAUAAUGAAUUAACAACUAAUCUUUCAAUCUUUUUCCAGAGGA